CUCAUCGGCUCUUCUGGAUCAACAAUGGAGCAAUUUUCCAUCUUCCUCCUUUGCUUUAUCACUUUCUCUUUUCAUACAUUACUCACUACCAUGGCAGUGGACACCAUAUUCAUAAAUCAAACCAUUAGAGACGGUGAAACCAUUGUUUCAGCACGACAAUCCUUCGAGCUCGGGUUUUUCAGCCCCGGAAACACCUCAGAAAAUCGAUAUUUAGGCAUUUGGUACAAACGGCUCGCCACAGGCACCGUUGUCUGGGUUGCCAAUAGAGAAACUCCCAUCAGAAACAAAACCGGCGAGCUAACUCUCCAUCCCGACGGAGUUUUGGAGCUCCGUGACACCGCCACCGACAUAAUCGUUUGGUCGACAAACACAAAGGGAAGCGCUCAAAACCUGGUGGCGCGAUUAUUAGAUUCUGGGAAUCUUGUGGUCAUCGACAAUGACGAUGACAACCAACUGGAGAAUUACGUCUGGCAAAGUUUUGAUCAUCCCGGAGAUACAAUACUACCGGGAAUGAAGUUUGGAUGGAAUUUCGUAAGGGGUAUAGUGACAAACUUUACAUCGUGGAAGAACGCAGAUGAUCCUUCGAAAGGCCCUUUCAUGGCUUAUAUGAAUCUCAACGGACUCCCGCAAUUAUAUCAAAACAAUGGAGAUUCAAUCCAAAAUAGACUUGGAUCAUGGAAUGGUCAUGCGUUUACUGCCCGACCAGGGGUGACUCCCCCUUCAAUUUACACGAUCAAAUAUGUUUCAAAUGAACGAGAGAUUUACACCAAAUUCGAUUUUACUAACGACUCGGUUCUUAGUAGGUUGACUGUAACAUCAUCAGGCAUUACAGGUCGGUUCACUUGGGUCAACCGAACACAAGGAUGGUUUCUUUUUGCGCCAUUCAACGCAGAUACCUGUGAACGAUAUGCCUUGUGUGGCGUUUACGGAACUUGUGACAGCACAAAAUCAACAACUUGUGGAUGCCUGGAAGGGUUCGAACCAAAAAGUCAAACCCAAUGGGAUAUUUCUGAUUGGACGAGCGGUUGUCAAAGGGAAGUGGCGUUGGAUUGCGGUGUUAGGGAAGGAUUUCGAAAGUAUCAAUUCAUGAAAUUACCAGACACCAGGCGGUCAUGGUACGAUACUAACAUGACCCUCGAGCAAUGCAACACCAAGUGUAGAAACGAGUGUAACUGUACAGCUUAUGCAACUUUGAACGUUGAAUAUGGCACAGGGUGUUUGUUAUGGUACGACGAAUUGAUCGAUAUGAAAGCGAUUCCGAGAGAUGGACAAGACAUAUAUAUACGAAUGGCUGCUUCAGAAUUAGGUCGUGCUUUUGUAGAGAGGCUUCCUCCAAUUGCUCAUAAAGAUGUUCAAGACCUACCAUUGUUCAGUUUGUCGACGUUGGUUGUGGCAACCAACAACUUCUCAUUCAAAAACAAACUAGGUCAAGGUGGUUUUGGACCGGUUUACAAGGGAAUACUCAAGGACGGACAAGAGGUUGCAGUGAAGCGGCUCUCUGAGAGUUCCUCACAAGGAGUUGAGGAGUUCAAGAACGAAGUUAUCUUCAUUUCCAGGCUUCAGCAUCGAAAUCUUGUCAAGAUUCUUGGAUAUUGUUUUGAAGGUCGAGAAAAGAUGUUGAUCUACGAGUAUAUGCCUAACAAAGGCCUCGACUUAUUUCUAUUUAAUAAAAACAAAAGUAAAACACUAGACUGGUUACAACGGUGCCAUAUCAUCAAUGGGAUCGCACGGGGUCUACUUUAUCUUCAUGAAGAUUCUCGACUUCGAAUCAUCCAUAGAGACCUCAAGGCCGCCAACAUUUUGCUUGAUUAUGAUAUGAACCCUAAGAUAUCAGAUUUUGGCCUUGCAAGAAGUUUCGGAGGAAAUGAGACCACAACAAACACUAAUAGAGUGGUUGGGACAUAUGGAUAUAUGUCUCCAGAGUAUGCAGGGAAUGGGAUUUUCUCAGUAAAAUCAGACGUAUUCAGCUUCGGUGUUCUGAUGUUAGAGAUCGUGAGUGGAAUCCAAAAUAGAUGCAACCUUCUUGGACAUGCAUGGAGACUACAUAAUGAAGGGAAGGCUUUGGAAUUGGUUGAUUCAUCUUUGAUCGAGUCAGAUGAUACCUCCAAAAUGUUGCGAUCAAUCCAAGUAGGCUUACUAUGUGUUCAAAACAACCUAGAAGAUAGACCAAACAUGUCUACAGUGGUUAUGAUGUUGAGUAGUGAGGGUCAAUUACCAGAACCAAAGCAUCCUGGUUUCUAUAGAGAAGUUGGUUAUGAGAUUGAGAAUUCAAGUGACAUACAAACACAAAACUCAUACAACAACGUUACAAUCACACAUUUGAUAGCUAGAUAAGUAAUUUCUUUUAUAACAUUUGCCAAGUUACUUUAAAACAAAUGGCUAAAUGCAAGAUAGGUAUGUGGAAAAUAUAAAUAGAUUCAUUUUUUAUAUUUCUUAACUAAUAGCAAAAAAAAUCACACAGCUCUCUCUCUCUCUCUCUCUCUCAACACGGCUCUCUCUGACAAAGGACCAAUGACCAGCAGUAUACGGUUAUCAGUAGAUCCCAACUUCCUUAAAGGUCUAAAGGUUGAAGAUUCACAAAGGUGAGAAAUGUGCGUGUGAGUUUUGUCGUAUCUAAAUAUUAUAUACUUCAAAAAAUCACAGUUCUCCCUCAUACACAUUUACAACCGGCUCUUCUUCAGGUCUUCUGUUUAUGAUUCCGGUUGAGAGUAUGAUUUAGCUCUCAAUAUUAUUUUGCUGUACUUUUGUGUUAUAAUGUUGUAAAUAUUUCGAGUUUGUAAAAUAGUUCAUUAUAAACCAGGUUUAUUUAUGGUUUGAUUUAUCAUUGAAUAUUGUGAAAUCUUGGCAUGAUAUAAGAGCUUUGGAUCUGCGAUGGGUUUUUCGUUGUUUGAUCUGGUUCAUAAGGUUAAGGUUUCAAUUUCUAAUCAUCGUAUUCCAGAAUGAUGUCUAAGUGUAAGGUUUUUCCAGCCCUAAAUCUCGAGUCACCUAGUAUCUUGUUCUUUCUUGGCUCAUUGAGUGUUAAUUUUCUGUCUUAACCAUGCUCUAUUCAUGUUGUGAUUGUGGUAUAUCUAGUAUUCUCUAUUCUCCAUAUUUUAGUACAUUGUUGUUCUUUAAUUUCUCAUUGAUCUUAUUAAGGUGUGGUUCAUUGUUGUUCAAAUUUCCAGAUCUGUAAGUUCAAUGAUUAAAAUAAAAAGAGAAAGAAAACGCAGUUGAUCUAUACACUCUUAUUAUUUGA